AGCAGGACAGUGGUGUUUACCAGCCAUCUGCGUCUGAGCGAGAGGCCUGGCCGGCAGCGAGAUGAGCCUCCCCGGGGAAGGCGCAUGCUGGAUGGCCUCCACCCAGACCAAGAGCUGAAGGUAGAGCCCCCGUCGGCCCCCCAGCCAGGAUGAGGGUCAGCGUGCGGCGGGUGCUGCUGGGCAUCGGCUGCGCCGUGGCCCUGAUGGUGACGCUGCAGGUAGGGCAGCAGGUGCUGGAGUGCCAGCAGGCACUAAGCGGGCGGAGGCACUGGCAGAUGCGGCCUGAGAACGAGGAGCUGGUGAUGGUGGAUGCCAACCGCGUGGAGUACCGCUACAGCAAGGAGAUGCCACUCAUCUUCGUCGGCGGCGUGCCUCGUAGCGGCACCACGCUCAUGCGGGCCAUGCUGGACGCCCACCCUGAGGUGCGCUGUGGCGAGGAGACGCGCAUCAUCCCCCGCGUGCUGGCCAUGCGCCAGGCCUGGUCCAAGUCGGGGCGGGAGAAGAUGCGGUUGGACGAGGCGGGUGUGACAGACCAGGUGCUGGAUGCGGCCAUGCAGGCCUUCAUCCUGGAGGUCAUCGCCAAGCACGGCGAGCCAGCCCGCUACCUCUGCAACAAAGACCCCUUCACCCUCAAGUCCUCCGUCUACCUCUCCCACCUCUUCCCCAACUCCAAGUUCCUGCUGAUGGUGCGGGAUGGCCGGGCCUCUGUGCACUCCAUGAUCACGCGCAAGGUCACCAUCGCCGGCUUCGACCUCAGCAGCUACCGGGACUGCCUGACCAAGUGGAACAAGGCCAUCGAGGUCAUGUACUCCCAGUGCCAGGAGAUCGGGCGUUCCCGCUGCCUGCCCGUCUACUAUGAGCAGCUGGUGCUGCACCCAGAGCAGUCCCUGCAGGCCAUCAUGCAGUUCCUGGGCAUCGCCUGGAGCGAUGCCAUGCUGCACCAUGAGGACCUGAUUGGGAAGCCUGGCGGCGUCUCCCUGUCCAAGAUCGAGAGGUCCACGGACCAGGUCAUCAAGCCUGUGAACUUGGAGGCACUGUCCAAGUGGAUCGGGCACAUCCCAGGCGACGUGGUGCAGGACAUGGCCCACAUCGCGCCCAUGCUGGCCAGGCUGGGCUACGACCCCUACGCCAACCCCCCCAACUACGGCAGCCCGGACCCCCUGGUGAUCAACAACACGCACCGGGUCCUGAAGGGGGAUUUCAAAGUGCCGACUAAUCUGAAAGGGCAUCUGCAGGUGCCUCAGAACACGUCGGCCCCUCACUCGCUGAGUUAAUGAUUUCCAGGAGGCUGCAUGUGGCCUUUCAGCGUCCAGCAGAGAAGAAAGUUUGCAGUUGCAAAAAUGGAAAUCUGUUAUCCAAGCAUAUUGCUUGCUAAUAUUGCCAAAAUAGGACUGCUACACAAGGAAUGUAUUUGCAUUUAUUUGCAAAGGCCAAACAUGACACACAUUGGAUACCAGUUGUCUACCUUCUCUGAAUGCUCUGUGGUAAAGAGGAAAAUCCUAGGAGAGGAGUUUCCAGGCUGGAACUUCAGAGCGCAUUGGAAAGAGAUUUGUCCAUUCAGUUACUUGAGGACUUUUUAAAGUUGUAUUUAAAACUGUCUCGUCAUUCUGUUCUUCUGUUUGCAAACCGGGAAUAGGUGUUGAUAACCUCGUAGAGCAUUGGUUGUACAAGUGACAAUUGGAGAUCUGCCUUCUGUCGUUCCUUCACUUGUAAUUUACAGAAUCUAUUUAAAAAUUAAUAUAUGAGGCCAUCUGUUUCAUUCCUGGCUCCGCUCUGUUCAUUUCCUGCGGUGAUUAAACGCUGUUUCCAUACGAAA